CUUUUUUUUUUCUUUAUGGAUAGAUUAACACAGUUACAAGAUGCUAUUGAUGCAAUGGCACGUAUGUUUACAAACAGUAUUUAUUAUGUUCAUGAAAAAUCAUCCAUGGCAGAGCUGAAUAAAGAUAUACCCGUAUCACAGCCAAAGAUACAAGCAGAUGAACCCCAAGUAUUUAAAGAAAACAUGCAUGAAUUAGUAUCCGAUUUAGUGAAAAAAGCAAAAGAAAUUGACUCGCUUAUUGAAGUACUACCGGGCAUACAACAAACAGAAGAAGAACAAAUUGCGAUAUUGAAAGCAUUAGAAGAAGAAAAUAAGUUGGCAAAUCAAGAAUAUGAGGAUGCAGUUAAAGAAAUGGAGAAUGUCAAGGCACAGAUCAAUGACACUUUAAGGAGAAUAGCAGACGAACAGAGCUUACAACUACAAUAAUACCCCCCCCCCUCUACUUUCCUUUUCAUUAUACAAAAAAAAAAGAGAGAGAGUGGCCCAGCAAAUAUCAAUAAAACAUGUUUCAAUUGUAAAAAGCCAUGACUCACUUUCUCCCUAGGAUCUUAUCUAAAGAGGCGUCAUCUUUAGCGGACGAUUUUUCUC